AGACAGAGCCUCUGAGUGUCCUUCUUCACCAUCUUCAGACAUGGCAGAAAACUCGGACAAAGUUCCUAUCACCUUGGUAGGACCUGAUGACAUUGAGUUUUGCAGUCCUCCGGCUUACGCCACCGUGACCGUGAAACCCUCCAGCCCUACGCGUCUGCUCAAGGUCGGAGCUGUGGUCCUCAUUUCUGGUGCGUUGCUGAUGCUCUUCGGGGCCAUCGGGGCCUUCUACUUCUGGAAGGGGAAUGACAAUCACAUUUACAAUGUUCAUUACACCAUGAGUAUCAACGGGAAGCUACAAGAUGGGUCAAUGGAAAUAGAUGCUGGGAACAACUUGGAGACCUUUAAAAUGGGAAGCGGAGCAGAAGAAGCGAUUGAAGUUAAUGACUUCCAGAACGGUAUCACCGGGAUCCGGUUCGCAGGAGGAGAGAAGUGCUACAUCAAAGCACAGGUGAAGGCUCGGGUCCCCGAGGUGGGCACUGUGACCAAGCAAAGCAUCUCUUCUGAACUGGAAGGCAAGAUCAUGCCAGUUAAAGAUGAAGAAAACUCUCUUAUCUGGGUGGCCAUGGACCAGCCCGUGAAGGACAACAGCUUCUUGAGUUCUAAAGUCCUUGAACUCUGUGGCGACCUCCCUAUUUUCUGGCUUAAGCCUAUGUAUCCAAAAGGAAAUUUUGCAGAAAUUCAGAGAGAGAGAAGAGACAUAGUCUCUACCACAAGACCACACAGUGAAGCACGAGGCAACCCGGGCCCUAGAAGACUGAAUAAUGAAACCAGGCCCAGUGUCCAGGACGACGCAGAACCAUUCAAUCCCGACAAUCCUUACCACCAGCAGGAAGGAGAAAGCAUGACAUUUGACCCGAGACUAGAUCACGAAGGAAUCUGCUGCAUAGAAUGCAGGCGGAGCUACACCCACUGCCAGAAGAUCUGCGAGCCUCUGGGAGGCUACUAUCCUUGGCCUUACAAUUAUCAAGGAUGCCGGUCGGCCUGCAGAGUUGUCAUGCCGUGUAGCUGGUGGGUGGCCCGCAUCUUGGGCAUGGUGUGA